GUUACUUUGUUAGAGAGAGAGAGGAGUAGAGAGAGAGAGAGAGGAGUGGAGAGAGAGAGAGAGGAGUAGAGAGAGAGGAGUAGAGAGAGAGCUCCUUCAGUGAGUGGCUGAGGCGCGCGCGCAGAACUCGAAUGAGAAUGCGAAUCAGAACCCGAAUGAGAACGGGGCGCGCGCCGCACCGGGACUAACGGAACCCAGAGAGAGAGAGGAGUGGAGAGAGAGAGGGAGAGAGAGGGAGAGAGAGUGAGUGGUGUAAAAGUGUGGAUGAAGUUGCUCGGUAUGGAGGCGCUCAGACUGCCGCUAUUAGUGUUAUUACUGCUGCUGCACACCACCGCCGGAGCGGAGUACGGAACCGUGCAAAUGGGACACGCCGAAAAAGGUGGUUGCUCGUUCGAUGACGGUCCUGCACAGUGUGAUUACCAACAGGAUCCGUACGAUGAUUUUGAUUGGACGCAUGUCAGCGCUCAGGAAGUUCCCUACCUUUCCCCUGAACUGCCUCAAGGUUCUUAUAUGAUGGUGGACUCGUCCCAGCAUGACCCCGGGGAGAAAGCACGUCUUCAGCUCCCUCUGAUGAAGGAGAACGACACGCAUUGCAUCGACUUUAACUACCUACUGUACAGCGCCGAUGGGUCCAGUCCCGGAACACUGAACGUACUGGUCAAGGUGAAUAAAGGACCUGUGGCCAAUCCCAUCUGGAACAUCAGCACACACACUGGGAACACGUGGAGGAAGGCGGAGCUUGCCGUCAGCACCUUCUGGCCCAACGAGUACCAGGUGAUCUUCGAGGCCGAUGUUAAUGGGAGACGAGGUUUCAUUGCGAUUGAUGAUGUGCAGGUGCUGAGUUACCCCUGUGAUAAAUCACCUCAUUUCCUGCGUCUGGGUGACGUGGAGGUAAACGCAGGACAGAACGCCACCUUCCAGUGCAUCGCCACUGUCCGGGACGCCGUCAAUAACAAACUGUGGCUGCAGAGGCGUAACGGAGAGGACAUCCCCGUCGCGGAGAAGAAGGACAUUAACCACAGGAAGUUUGCGGCGGCGUUCUGGCUGAACGAGGUGACGAGUCAGGAUCAGGACCUGUACCGCUGCGUCACCCAAUCAGAGCGCGGCUCCGGGGUCAGCAACUUCGCCGGCCUCAUCGUCAGAGAGCCCCCGAGGCCUAUAGCUCCACCCCAGCUGCUGGGCGUCGGCCCGACAUACCUGCUGAUCCAGCUGAACGCGAACUCGAUCUUCGGCGACGGGCCGAUCAUCCUGAAGGAGGUGGAGUACCGCAUGACGUCAGGAUCGUGGACCGAGACGCACGCCGUCAACUCGCCGCACUACAAACUGUGGCACCUCGACCCUGACACCGAGUACGAGAUCCGCGUCCUGCUGACACGCCCGGGAGAGGGUGGCACCGGAAAACCUGGCCCCGCCCUCAUCACACGCACCAAGUGUGCAGAGCCCAUGCGCACUCCGAAGUCUCUGAAGAUCGCAGAGACCGGAUCUCGCUCCAUCUCCGUGGACUGGGAGUCUCUGGGCUACAACAUCACACGCUGCCACACCUUCAACGUCACCAUUUGCUUCCACUACGUCACCCGGGGCAACCGCAGCCACGGCGAUCGCGGGCAGCAAGGUGACCGCACCCACGGCGACUGUCUGGAGAUGGACCCCAAAGCGCCGCGCCAUGUGGUACCCGACCUGCCACCCAACACCAACAUCAGCCUGAAAAUGAUUCUCACGAACCCCGAAGGGCGCAAAGAAAGUGAGGAGACGAUCGUCCAGACGCAGGAGGAUGUACCUGGACCUGUUCCCAGCACCUCUCUGAAAGCCACUCCGUUUGAGGAUCGAAUCUUCCUGCACUGGAAGGAGCCACUCGAGCCCAAUGGAGUCAUUACACAGUAUGAGAUCAGCUACAGCAGUGUAUCCUCGUUUGACCCGUCAGUCCCGUUGCUCCGCCCCCCUCUGAUGGUGUCUCUGCCCUUUAAUGCGUCUCAUCACGUGUUCUCGCAGCUCCACCCAGGAACCACCUACCACUUCACCAUCCGAGCACGAACCAGCAAGGGCUUCGGCCCAUCCACCACCAUCAACAUCACCACCAACAUCUCCGCUCCCAUUCUGGAGGAAUAUGACGGCACUGACGCGGUCCUCAACGAGACCGCAACGACCAUCACCGUUCUGCUCAAACCCGCACAAGCUAAAGGAGCUCCCAUCAGUGCUUACCAGAUCGUGGUGGAGGAACUGAACCCUCACCGCUCACGCAGAGACGUCGGAACCCUCGAGUGUUUCCAGGUUCCUGUGUCCUAUCAGACGGCCUCCAGCUCCGGAUCGCCGUACUACUUUGCGGCGGAGCUUCCUCCUGGGAAUCUUCUGGAACCUUCUCCUUUCACCGUGGGAGACAACAAGACGUACCGGGGCUACUCGAACGCUCCGCUCGCUCCACGCAAAAACUACAACAUCUACUUCCAGGCUGUGAGCAGUGUGGAGAAGGAAACAAAGAUGCGGUGCGUCAGAUUGGCGACUAAAGGAGCGACGGAAGAGCCGGAAGUGAUCCCUGAUCCGGCGAAACAGACGGACCGUGUGGUGAAAAUCGCCGGGAUUAGCGCCGGAGUCCUGGUGUUUAUCCUGCUGCUGCUUGUGGCCAUUUUACUGGUGAAGAAAAGGAGGACCUACUAUUCUUACUCAUAUUACCUGAAGCUGGCGAAGAAGCGCAAGGACGCGGCUGGAAACGCGAGGCAGGAGAUGACGCACAUGGUCAAUGCCAUGGACCGGAGUUACGCCGAGCAGAACACGCUCCACACCGAGGAACCCAUGACCGUCACCUUCAUGGACUCGCACAGCUUCAACAACCGAUAUGAGAACCAUGCAGCAGCAGAGAACAGCAGGUUGUUGGACGUUCCUCGGUUCCACUGUGAAGGAACCGAGUCUCCGUAUCAGACAGGACAACUUCAUCCGGCCAUCCGAGUGGCAGAUUUACUGCAACACAUCAACCUGAUGAAGACGUCCGACAGUUACGGCUUUAAAGAGGAGUACGAGAGUUUUUUUGAGGGUCAGUCGGCUUCGUGGGACGUGGCCAAGAAAGAGCAGAACCGGACCAAAAACCGCUACGGCAACAUCAUCGCAUACGAUCAUUCUCGAGUGAUCCUGCAGCCGGUGGAAGACGACCCCUCGUCCGACUACAUCAACGCCAACUACAUAGACGGCUACCAGCGUCCGAGUCACUACAUCGCAACUCAAGGUCCUGUCCAUGAGACGGUGUACGAUUUCUGGAGGAUGAUCUGGCAGGAGCAGUCAGCGUGUAUCGUCAUGGUAACCAACCUGGUGGAGGUGGGACGGGUGAAAUGUUAUAAGUACUGGCCGGACGAUGCGGAAGUGUACGGAGACUUUAAGGUGACGUUUGUGGAGGUGGAGCCGCUGGCGGAGUACGUCGUGCGCACGUUCACUCUGGAGCGGAGGGGUUUUAAUGAAGUGCGUGAGGUGAAGCAGUUCCACUUCACUGGCUGGCCGGAUCACGGAGUUCCGUACCACGCUACAGGACUGCUGUCCUUCAUCCGCCGCAUCAAAAUGUCCAACCCUCCAACUGCAGGACCCAUCGUGGUGCACUGCAGCGCGGGGGCGGGCCGGACAGGAUGCUACAUUGUGAUUGACAUCAUGUUGGACAUGGCGGAGCGUGAGGGCGUGGUGGACAUUUACAACUGUGUUAAAGCGCUCAGGUCACGACGCAUCAACAUGGUGCAGACCGAGGAGCAGUACAUCUUCAUCCAUGACGCCAUCUUGGAGGCGUGUCUGUGUGGCGACACCGCAAUCCCGGUGUGUGAGUUUAAAGCUGCGUAUUACGACAUGAUUCGCAUCGACUCGCAGAGUAACUCCUCCCACCUCAAAGACGAGUUCCAGACGCUGAACUCAGUGACCCCUCAGCCCCAGCCUGAGGACUGCAGCAUCGCUCUCCUGCCCCGGAACCACGAGAAGAACCGCUUCAUGUCCAACCUGCCGCCCGACCGCUGCCUGCCCUUCCUCAUCACCAUCGACGGAGAGAGCAGCAACUACAUCAACGCUGCGCUCAUGGACAGCUACAGGCAGCCGGCGGCAUUCAUCAUCACUCAGCACCCUCUCCCCAACACAGUCAAGGAUUUCUGGAGGUUGGUGUAUGAUUACGGCUGCACCUCCAUCGUCAUGCUGAACGAGAUCGACCUCGCUCAGGGCUGUCCUCAGUACUGGCCUGAAGAGGGAAUGCUCCGUUAUGGCCCCGUGCAGGUGGAAAGAGUUUCCUGCUCCAUGGACUGUGAUGUCAUCAGUCGCCUCUUCAGGAUAUGUAACCUGACCCGACCACAGGAGGGCUACCUCAUGGUCCGUCACUUCCAGUACCUGGGCUGGGCGGGGCUUAGAGAAGUCCCUGCCUCCAAGCGCUCGUUCCUGAAGCUUAUCCUGCAGGUGGACAAAUGGCAGGAGGAGUGUGAGGACGGAGAGGGCCGCACCGUCGUACACUGUCUGAAUGGCGGGGGUCGCAGUGGUGUUUUCUCAGCCAUCACUAUCGUCUGUGAGAUGAUUAAGAGGCAGAAUGUUGUGGACGUGUUUCACGCUGUGAAGAGUCUGAGGAACAGCAAACCCAACAUGGUAGACACACCGGAGCAGUACCGAUUCUGUUACGACGUGGCGCUGGAGUACAUCGAAAACUCAUAAUGGAGAAGUGAAGAAGGUGCCAUCUGUCCAUCCAUCAUCCAGAACACACACACACACACACACUUGUCUUUCCCAUCGUCAUAAAAAUGUCACUCGUCUGACUGUAAACAUCCAUCCGAACGUCUGCAGACGGAAUCGACAAAUAACGGUAAAAGUGUGGGACGUGACGGAACCAUUCGCACAUUUCAUUUGAAAAUAAAUUGUGUUUAACGUUUCUUUGUAAACACAAAGACCGAGCUGUUGCAUGCAAACAUUUUUGUUUAAUUUCUCUCCAUUGUUGUCACUGUUACUGUCGAUGAACCAUGUACAGGAUUAUAUCUGAUGUCCAUCAUUGUGUAAAAAAAAAAAAAAGUAAACUCAGCUGCAGCGUGUGGCUUUGGCUUUGUAUUGUGCACUAAUAGCUGGCUUAUGGAUUAUUAUUGUGUUUAUUUUUUAUCAUUUUCCGUUUUUGUAGCAGAAUUAUAAUCGUAAGCCAAAGACGAGUGUAAAUAUGUCGAUAAAGCACAUUGUUUGUAUUUAUUUUUUUCCCCCGAAGGCUCAAAAACAAUCAUCGUUCCUGCCUGUUUACCUUGUAAACAUUUUAUUGUGAAUAUUUUUUUUUUAUUAUUAUUAUUGCAGUAGUGUUGUUAUUUGGACUGUAGGCAUGUGAUGAUGAAUUGACUGACUGACGCACCGCCGUGUUUCUGUUCAGUAAAAUUCUGUUUACAUCCCACUGUUACGUUUAUUAAAUUUCGUUAAGUUUAAUCCAAAUUUAUUUUAGAAUUUUCAGAAAAUUGUUCAAGUGUAAAUGUACAUUGCGCUAGAAAAUUCCUCGACUGCUGCUUGGCGCAAUAAAAAUAAAUAAAUAAAUAUUUUCUUUUCCAAAAGUCCUCAGUUGUAAAAUUAUUUUUUUUUUUAAGAAUUUUUAAAUAGCUGAUUAUUUCACAAUCUUGAAUUUCAGUCACUUUUUUAAAAGCAUUUUAGAAAAUUUUAUUUUAAAACCUGAACAUUUAGUUUGAAAAGUGCUUUUAAAAAAACGACAUUAGGAUUGAAUUUUGUCAGUCAAACUGUUACAUAUGCAAAAAAAAAAAGUUUUUUGGAUGAUAUGAAAUUAGGUGAAUUUAAUUUUAAGUCCUUACUUUUGGUUAAAUUUUAAAAAAAAGAAAGAAAGAAAGAAAGAAAGAAAGAAAAUGACCAUCACCGUAAUCAGGACAGGUAAUUCUCUCAUGAUUUCUUGCCGUUUAGUGAUAACACGGUAAAUAAUUUGUCCUCACAUGCCUCGUGUUACAGAUAAUUUUGUAAAAAAAAAUUUCUUUAUUUUUUGAAAAUUUUACCUGCAUUUUUUUUUUGUGUACCUGAUUGUGAACUGUAUCUUUUUCUGAAGUGAUAUCGAGGAGGAAAACUUUAUUUUACGGAGAACUUGAGCGCUAACGUACAUCCGAGUGUUUUACGCGAAAAUAUCUACAGUGUUUAACUCCAGUGUGUGUAAAGGAAGGAAGGAAGGAAGGAAGGAACUCACAGCCAGACGCCGCCAGGUUGGACUUUUACAUGGCGAGGGCAAGAAAAAAAAUCAACCCGAUCAAUUGCGUCGUCUCAGUCACGCAUCGUCUUUGUUCUGUCUUUGUUGUUGGCUAAAUGGCUGUAUUGAAACUAGUGAAAAUUCUUUUAAUAAAAAAAGAUAAUCUUUAAAAA